AAAACCUUUCACGCAAAUUUUACUUUAUAUACCACCAACGAAUCAAUUAUAGUCAGUCAAUUUUCAGUACUCAACAAAUACACAUAGGUACCAGAUAAUCAUGAUUGGUAGAAUUGUCCUAGCUUUUCUAGUCAUAGCCGUAGUCGCUGUAAAUGCUCAAUUAGGCGGACAUGGAUUUGAACUAGAAGGAUUAGGAGGAGGUGGAGGCGGAGGUGGUGAACACCACCACCACGCUCAAGAAUAUAUCGACUACAGGGCACCACCUCAUUACCACUGGGAUUACGCAGUCCACGACUUGAAACACCACGACAUCAAGAACCAAUGGGAAGUCAGAAAGGGCAAGGAAGUAAAGGGACGUUACGAACUUGUCCAACCUGAUGGUAGGAAAAGAAUCGUAGAAUACGUCGCCGGUAAACACGGAGUUGACUACAAAGUAAGAUACGAAGGUCAUGGUAUCCAUGGAGGCGGAAUCGGAGGACUCUCCGGAGGCGGUGGUCUCUAAAUUCAGUAUUAUGCUCUGUGGUUGAUUUCUAUCAUCUUUGACUAUGCUACCUAUGUCGUAUUUUGUUAUUUAAUUUUAUUUCGCAAUAAAACAAGUUGACGUUAA